UUUCUUUUUAAUAAAAAAAAAAUAUAAAAAAAUAAAUAAGUUCGCCUCUAGUAAAUGCGUUUUUAAGAAAUUAACCCUAAUAACAUUUUAUGAAAUUUUUAAUAAUAAACCUAGCAAACGUGUAAUAGCAAAAUAUGGCAAUUUUCAUCAAAUUUUAGAAUAUUUACUACGUCUCGGCAUACUUGGCAGCAUUGCUUUAUGCUUUAUCGAUCCAAGAUCUACUGGCGAGCGUCGUUCCCGUGUCACCCCAAUGUUAAAAAAUAUUAAUAUAUAGUAAUGUAAUAAAUUAUGUAGGUUGAAUAUUAACAAAUACGAAAAGUUUGGACUACCUGAUUUUAGUUAUUUUUCGAACUUUUGCCCACAAUCCUUUUUGGUUUGUGAUGUAGCGUUGAUGUGUUUAUAAAUUUGCCGUACGCUGCAAUAUUAUUAAUAAUUGUUAUUAGUAGGCAACUAAUAACAAUUAAUAAUAUUAGGUACUUAGGUUAGAUUAGUAGGAUAUUUAGUAAAUUUUGUUUUUUUUUGUUUGAAUUUUUAAGUCUGUCUGCAAGCGACUGUCGCCGCGCCAUCGCAUCGCCUCGGUGCCGCCUUACCCCAUUGUUAAACAAUAAUGUUAUAUUAUACACAGGUAGAAUAAUGAGAAAAACGAAAAUUUUAGACUGGGUACCUGAAUAACUGUAACUUUUUACGUACCCUAACACUUUUUAGUUUGUGAUGUGCCGUUGCAUGUAUAUGGAAGUCUGUCGUGUGCUAUUUUUGUGAAAACUGUGAACUUUACUGUUAUAGUGUUUUUGUUUUUAUUGUGCAAGAGCAGUUAUUUUUUGAAAAAAUGGGAAAACGUAAAGACGGUAAAUCCAAGGUUUACUAUUCGCGCCGGAAAUCAAGGAAACACAAAAAGAGUUAUUAUCUAACUAAUACCAAAAAUACUUUCCGUACUUCUGCUACUGAAAGUAUGCCAAUUCAUAACACAUCUGAAGAGGAAAUAGAAGUUGAAAGACAAAGAACAUCUCCUGAUACCAUAACUGACUACGUUAUAGAAGGAAGGAGAAUCGUAGAUAUUCAGAAGCUUUUUAAAGAAAUCCAGAAUUUAUCCAGACACCCUCCAUUUAAUUGCACAAUUGCAGAUAUGAACAUUUUGACGGAAAAUAGAAAAGGCUUAAAAAGUUCAAUUUUACUAAAGUGCAAAAUGUGCAAUUUAGAAAAAUACCUCAAUCUGUUUACUCAAGAUGAGUCUGAAACAUCCAUGGACAUAAAUGCCGCAGCAGCCUUAGCAACCAUUUCAACGGGUAUUGGAUUUACUGCCGCGGAAGAAUUUAUGGCCAUACUGGAUGUCCCUUUUAUGUCUCCAAAUACAUAUCAGCAGCACCAUGAGUUUGUGGGAGAAAAGAUAAGGGAAACGGCUUGGAAAGCAAUGGAGGAAGCCGCACAAGAAGAGAGUUUAUUGGCCAAAGAAUUAGGAGAAGUAGACCAAUAUAAUCGCCCCUGUAUCACUGUUGUGGCUGAUGGUGCUUGGAGCAAAAGGUCUUAUAAUGUUAAUUAUGAUGCUGCUUCAGGAGUUGCUUGUAUAAUUGGACAGAGGACCGGAAAACUUUUAUUUCUUGGAAUCCGAAAUAAAUACUGCAGCUUUUGUGCAUACGCCAGUGCCAAAAACAUGGAAGUCAUUCCAGAUCAUACAUGUUAUAAGAACUGGUCAAAUACAUCCACAAGUAUGGAAUCCGACAUAAUUGUGGAAGGAUUUCGAAAAAGUAUUGACAUGUAUAAUAUUAUUUAUAAAAGACUUGUUGGGGAUGGUGACAGUAGCGUAUAUAAAAAACUGAUCGAGGCUCGCCCAUAUGGAAGUUUACAUGUGGAGAAAAUUGAGUGCAGGAAUCAUUUAUUAAGAAAUUUUUGCUCCAAAUUGCGUGAAAUAUCUAGUAAAAAAAGAAGCAACAGUACAAAUAAUCCGGUUUCACCAUACCUGCGCAAACAUAUUUUGAACAAUAUACGAAGGAUGAGAACUGCUGUUGCAAUGGCUGUUACUCAAAGAAAUAAAGAAGAUAAAAGCUUUAGUAUUAAAAUAGAAAAUCUUACUAAAGAUUUAAAAAAUAUACCAUCCCACGUAUUUGGAGAGCAUCUAAACUGUACAGCCAUAGGAUAUUUUAGAUGUGAGAAAAAGUUUGGAGAAAAAAAUUAUAUUGAAGAAAUGAAGGCAUGUGGGGUUUUGCAAGACAUUGAAGUUUGUCUAAAUAGACUCAUAUUGCAUGCUUCCAGUUUGUUAAGAAAUAUGGACAAUAAUGUAGCUGAACAUUAUAACUCUGUGGUAUGCAAGUUUAUUGGCGGAAAGCGCAUCAAUUUUUCAAAAAGAGGGUCUUAUCAAAUACGGUGUGAAGCUGCAGCCCUAUCUUAUAAUCUUGGAAGCGGAGAAUACCACAGACAAAUUUUUAAAUCAAUUGCUGAAAAAAGUCCUUCUGGUCAUACAAAAAAAUUUAUUAAUAGAGUUAAACAAAGACGUAUUAAUACUCUUAAAAUAAGACCAAAAACCCUAUUUAAAAAACGAAAUAAAUUAAUUGCGCUUCCUGAUAAAGAUUAUGGGAAUCAGGAGGCAGAUAAUAGCAUACAGCCAGACAUGGAAGAAAAUUUAUUUGAAGAAAAAAAAAAGGAAUUUUUAGAAGAACUCGAAAAAAAUGAAAAUGAGAUUAAGGAUUUAGAGAUUAGUACCAGAGGACAAGGAGGAAAUCCAAAGUGGUAUCAAGAAAGGAGUUUAAGGCUUACAGCAUCAAAUUUUGGAAAUAUUUGCAAAAUGCUAGAAAAAACAAAUUGCAAAAAUAAAGUAAAAGCAAUUCUUUAUUCCAAGUUUCGGGGCAAUAAACACACUAAGUAUGGCACCGAAAAAGAACCAUUUGCUAUUCAACAAUUUGAGGAAACCUACAAUUUAAAAGUUGAAAUGUGUGGUCUUUUUAUUGAUUCCGAAUGUUGUGCUUUGGCUGCUAGCCCUGAUGGGCUAGUUGGCUCAAGAGGAUUAGUAGAAGUAAAGUGCCCAUCAACAGCUUCAGCAAUCAGCCCUACAGAAGCUAUCAAUAAAAAAAUAAUCAAGUUUGCCACCCUUGAUGAAAAUGGACAGAUGCAUUUAAAACAGAACCAUGAUUAUUUUUAUCAAAUCCAAGGCCAGCUUCAUAUCACAAAAAGAGAUUUUUGUUAUUUUAUUUUAUGGACACCUAUGGGGAUGCUGGUAGAACAGAUUUGGCGGCAGGACUCAUUCUGGAAUGACAAAAUGAUAGGAAAAUUAAAAAGUUUCUAUUACAAUUGUUUAUUACCGGAAAUUAUCGACCCGCGAUAUAGUAGAGGACUGGAAAUAAGAAAUCCAUCGAGAAAAUAACAACAUUUUAAUUUUAAAAUAGGUAUAUUAAUAGAUUUUUGCAAAUAUAAA